CAACGCGUAAUAAAAUACUUUAUGUCCAGCCCACUGCAACCCAGUCCUGUUACCUGGAUUAUGGCAAUUGGAUAGAGCCAUAAAAACAGAACCUAAAGAACAGACAAAUAGAACACUUCAUUCAGAUCCAAAUUAUAGGAGCAUUAGGAUGGAACCUGUCCCCACUGAGACAUCAGACAACAUCGGCCGGACCUCACUGUAACUCUUCUUUCACUUCAACACAACACUUGCAACCACUCUACAGGAAGCAAACAGUAGGACUACCCAGCAGAGAACUACAUCCACUUCAAGACUAGCCUCACAGAGCAGAACACCAACAGCCACUCCUAGGACAUGAACGCCAUCAUCCUCUCCUCUCUGCUUUGUCUGGUUUUCAGCGCUGCAGGUGUCCAGGGAUCAGUUGCAACUCUCUCGGCAGAGCUGAGUCAUGUGACAGGGGCAUCGGCCUCAGGGGAAAGGGAGGGGCCACUAAGCACAUUUGGUGAUGAGGAUGAGGAGGACGUGGGGCAGAAUGAAGAUCUGUCAGGAGGAUCACCGACAGACAGCCAAUCUCAGCUUCCCCCUAAGGACCAGAAAGAGAAGGGGAGAAGACGGAAGGGGAAAGGCGGCAAAGACAAGAGGAGGACCAAGGCCAAAAGCACCACAGCCUUCAACCCUGAGUACACAUCAGGAUACACCUCACCAGGUCUCUUGUCAGAGACGACUUCUGGACGCACGCAAGCCAUCCAGACGUCAGACCCUGUCACUGAGGACCCCUGCAGCUCCUCCCACCAGGGGUACUGUAUCCAUGGAAACUGCAAAUACAUGGCAGACCUGAGAGAGCCGGUGUGUAUAUGUAACAAGGGUUAUGAUGGCGAGCGCUGCGGCAUCCUGCUUCUACAGACAAAGUUAAAAAACAACAACAGCAGCGGGGCUGAGAGGGGUCAGACUGUUCUGGUCGUCAUCGCUGUGGUGCUCUCCAUCAUCAGCUGCCUCGCCAUACUGCUCAUGACCUGCUCACAUUACAGAACUCAUAAGAACUUUCUGGCUGCGUACCUGGGCUCCGGCAGUGAGAAGGAGCACUUACAGAAAACAACACCCUGUGACCUCACAGUGUGAGAAUCAACAGAACUUAUAAACACUCUAGAACCCAAGAAAACCGGGACAACCUGGCAAACCUAGAACUGUCUCUGGCCCAGCGGAGUGAUCUACGGAAUUCAACACCAGACAGUAGAACACACUAUGUAACGCCCGACAGUAGAACGCACUGUAGAGGAACCAGCGUAGAACCGCCUUGAAGAACCGCAUAGAAAUGUGUUUAUUGUCAUUAUUUUAUUUAUUUGACUAUUCUUAUUUAUUGUGGACAAAGCUUUGUUUUCUCUGUGAUGUGAAUGUGAUGUUGAGCGUCAGGGUAAAGUUAUUUAUUUAUUUAUUACCAUGCUGUUCCUGUAGGUCAGAUACUAUUCUGGAUAUUCUGAAGAUGGAAUCGGUUCACCAAUAAAAUCCAUCAGUGUUAAGAAUA